AUGGCAGAAUUUACAAUAGUUAGUACCGGGUUAUCAAAUGGAUUUGGUGUAAUCACAGCAGAUAAAAUUGAAAAUGAGAGACCAGAUUUGCAUCACAUACUACUUUGUCGCAACCCUAAGGCCAUUAUUAAAAGAAAACAGGUCACAGUAAUCACUUGUGACCUUAGUUCAAUCAAGAGCGUACAGAAGGCUUCACAGGAAAUCAUAAAGUUGGUAAAUCUAGGGAAAGUUCCACCCCUUAAGUACUUUGUAGGAAAUGCAGCUAUUCAAUAUCCGACACGUACGGUUAAAACAGUUGAUGGAUUUGAAUCUACUUUCCAAACCAAUGUGGUCUCAUACUACUUCAUGAUGAAGGCUUUAUUACCUUUGUAUCAGCAGCAUUCAGGUAGCAGAGUUAUAUUGACAGGCAGUGAUGUCCAUUUUGGUGAUUUAAAGCACACCUUGGGCCUUGUUCCACCUCCAUAUUGGAGUGACAAUGUGGAUGAAUUACUAUUUCCAGUGGGAAAUGGAGCUGACAAUGACCCCGAAUCUAUGAGUGCGGGAGCUCGUGCUUACUCCUCAAGUAAAUUGGCCCUCAUAUAUUAUGUUCAUAAGUUGGCAAAGUUGUACCCAGAGGUUGACUUUUUAGUUUACAAUCCAAGAAUUGUCAUUGCAACUGGAUUAACUAGACAUGCAAAACCCUUUGUAAAAGUAAUGGCUACUAUCAUGGGACCAUUACUCUUGUUACUACCCUCAGUAUCUAUUCCUUCAACGGCAGGUAAGGUUUUUUUCGAUACUAUAUUUAGCGAUGAGGUGUUUGAUAAAGUUAACAAUGUUGCUUAUUGUGAUAAAGGAGACAUCAUAAGAUCUUCUGAAGAUUCAUAUAAUGAGAAAAGAGAAGAAAUAUUAUGGAGUGCUCUUGAGCUGAUCAAAGUUUAA